AUGGUAGUGGCAGUGCCCCUUCUGAACGUUAGAGAAAGCCAUGGUCUGCAUCUGAGGUCCAAACCAGGUCUGAGUCUGGACUUCACUGGAUCCAACACAUCACUCCAUGGUCAUAGGUCUGAGGAAAGGAGCCCAGAGGAGGAGAAAGAGGAGAAAGGAGCCACAGACGAAGAGCGAGGAGCCACAGAGGAAGAGCAAGGAGCCACAGAGGAAGAGAAAGGAGCCACAGAGGAAGAGAAAGGAGCCACAGAGGAAGAGAAAGGAGCCACAGAGGAAGAGCAAGGAGCCACAGAGGAAGAGAAAGGAGCCACAGAGGAAGAGCAAGGAGCCACAGAGGAAGAGAAAGGAGCCACAGAGGAAGAGAAAGGAGCCACAGAGGAAGAGAAAGGAGCCACAGAGGAAGAGAAAGGAGCCACAGAGGAAGAGAAAGGGCCACAGAGGAAGAGCAAGGAGCCACAGAGGAAGAGAAAGGAGCCACAGAGGAAGAGCAAGGAGCCACAGAGGAAGAGAAAGGAGCCACAGAGGAAGAGAAAGGAGCCACAGAGGAAGAGCGAGGAGCCACAGAGGAAGAGAAAUGAGCCACAGAGGAAGAGCAAGGAGCCACAGAGGAAGAGAAAGGAGCCACAGAGGAAGAGAAAGGAGCCACAGAGGAAGAGCGAGGAGCCACAGAGGAAGAGAAAGGAGCCACAGAGGAAGAGAAAGGAGCCACAGAGGAAGAGAAAGGAGCCACAGAGGAACCGCAAGGAGCCACAGAGGAAGAGAAAGGAGCCACAGAGGAAGCGCAAGGAGCCACAGAGGAAGAGAAAGGAGCCACAGAGGAAGAGCAAGGAGCCACAGAGGAAGAGAAAGGAGCCACAGAGGAAGAGAAAGGAGCCACAGAGGAAGAGAAAGGAGCCACAGAGGAAGAGAAAGGAGCCACAGAGGAAGAGAAAGGAGCCACAGAGGAAGAGAAAGGAGCCACAGAGGAAGAGAAAGGAGCCACAGAGGAAGAGAAAGGUGCCACAGAGGAAGAGAAAGGAGCCACAGAGGAAGAGAAAGGAGCCACAGAGGAAGAGCGAGGAGCCACAGAGGAAGAGAAAGGAGCCACAGAGGAAGAGCAAGGAGCCACAGAGGAGAAAUAUGGACAAUAAUAGAUCCAGAGAAGGGUCUGGGUCAACAGCGGCAGCUUUUACCUGUUCCCAGGAUCAACGCCGAGGCCAGAGUGAGGAGAGCGCAGGUCAUGGUGCAGGACACAGAGUGUGUUGUCCUCAGAGUGAGGCCAUCGGCUCAGCCUCCGUGACGUCCUGUGGAGACAAUCGCCCGUUAGCUUUAGCUUUAGCGUUAGCGGGAAGCAGCUCGAACAAAAGCUGCUUUGAGAGUCGUCCCACUCCUCGUCUGCAGCUCCUCAGUGGGAGAAGACUCAAAUAG